GACAGAGACGCUGUCCGUAGGAGCUCCUUUACUUCUACCCCCUCUAAGGGAGAGAAUGGAACUGCUGCAUUCACUCUUACCUCAAGGACAAGACAGAUGGGAAAGUCUAUCGCAAGGACAGCAAAUGCAGCUUAGCAUCAUCCUAACAAGUCUGCAAGAUAAUGGGCACAUAGCCUCUCUGCUGGGCUUCACCGAGUCCUCGGACACAGGGAUGAUAGCCAGUCCGGGCGAGUCAGGCAUGUCAGAUCUACAGCUGGCCGCCAUCCUGAUGAAAACUAUCCUCAGAAACCUGGCUCAUGAAACGGAGCAGUCUCUGAAUGAGUUUGAGAAGAACAUGGAUAAACCAAUAGAUGGAAAUAUCUGUCAGCAUGUGUCACCCCCUCACCUACACUGCCUGUUGUCUUCUCUCCACAAACACCUACUGGCCUUCUGUUACAAUAAGACGAUCAACGAGCAGGUGAUUGCACCGGCUAUUUCCCUACUGCACCAGCAUAUGUUUCUCAUGUUACCUGUGGCGGAGAACAUUCUGGAGAAGGCAUGCACUGUGUUCACCAGUCACACGCAAUCUCAGCAACUCAUCAACUCUGUGGCAGAAAUUCUGUACCAGUCACCUGCAGGAGCCAUGCUGUACCACAUGCUACACUCUCUGCUCUUGCUGCCAAUAGAGCGUGUCCAACCUCUCCUGCAUGACCUCAUGUCUGUACUACCUGUUCUUGACCAGCUGUGUAAGAUGCUGCCAGUGGUCAGUGUCUUGGAGACCACAGAACUGGAGGGAGCCACUGAAGAUCAUUCAACCCAAACCAAAGAGGACAUGGACAGGUGGGUGUGGCUUGUUGACAUGGAGAGGACAUGUGCUACCCUAAUUGGCCAAUGCCUUGGAGGGAUGCUGGUUGGCAUGGCGCUAUCCACACAGGAGAAAAACUGUUCUUACUGGCUGGAGAAAUCACUGUUUGGAAACGGGCCUGAGGUUUCAUCCCUCCAGCUCGAGAAAUUUAUCAGCAAUAUCGUGGAGUGUUCCCAGGGCCGCCGCGCGGAAGUGCCCUCCAUUGAACAGCUGGACCUGGGUGCUGACACCAUGUCAUUGGUGGAACUGUGUUGUGGUUUUAAAUCGGAGGCCAACAAUGCUCUGUGGGAGACUAUGAUUGAUCAUGCAAAAACUCAGGACUGGCACACCAGUGAGCUGACUGAUGAGGCUGAAUUAGAUACAGUGGCCAGGUGUCUAUUGUCAGCCCUGCUGAAGCAUUGUAAUCUUACCAAGUUGGCAUUACACAAACACAGUAUCAACGAAAGUUUAGAAGAUAUCUUCAGGCAUGUGUUUAAAGUUAGAAGCCAACUCUAUGAAAUAAAGCAGAUGAAGAGUUUGUCUAGCAGCAAAGUGUUGGAAUCACCAGUUUCUGAUAAAACUCCCAAACACGAAACCUCCGACUUGUCACCAGGGGAAGUGCCAGAACGGUCUGAGGGGGUCACGGAAUGGUCUGAAACCAUGGAGGAGGAAGAGGAGAGAGAAGAUGAUUGCUCUGAGCCACUCUCAGAUGAUGAAGGGACAAUUAAAGAUUCUCCCCAAAACAUACGUGAGCAGUCUUUUGAGGAAGCAUGUCUGGAUUACCAACAGAGGUGUCUGUUUUUACUGCUUGGUGUCAGAGCUGCAGUAGCAGGUACACCAACCCUAUCCUAUAGCAGUGCAUUUUCUGAAGAUGAAGAUACAUGUCCGAGACCAAACUCAUCUGAGAGAGCUGUUACUUGGAAACCUGUGAAAGCCAGGAGAGGAAGUGUUCCAGAUCUGAUUGCUUCAUCAGCAAACCAGGGAAAUUUGAUGGAUGAGGAUAGCCUACGGCAGAGAGAUGGUACAUCAACUCCUAUUUACAGCCCUGAUGCAACAUUCACCAUGGGCUCCUUACAGAGAGUGAAGGAAGUUCUCCGUCGAUUACGUUGGCAGGAAGAGAGAGCAACGGGAUCUGACAUCACCAGUACCUCUGUAAAAGAACUGGAGAACACCUUCACUGAACAGGUUGCUGCAGAUGUGUGUAAAUUUGUGACGGGAGAGACGACAGAAACCUCUCCAGGGACAGACACUGAAGGGAUAGAGUCCAACAGAACCAACAAUCCCAGGGAAAUAGCAGUGGCUCUGGAACACCAGCAAUCAAGGGCAGAGUCUAGACUGUAUGCACUGAAUCAAAUUAAGGAAUUGCUGUCUACACGGGCAGACAAACAGGAGCGUGGGGAGGAAGUGUCUGCUCUCACCCAGACCACCUUACUGUGUUCUGCCCACAUCCAGCUCCUCACCGGCUCAUUCAGCUUUAGCGGACCUCUGGAGAGCUCUGGUCAAGGGGCACAACUCUAUCACUAUCAGGAUGAAAUAAAGGCUGCCAAGGCCAAGACACAGGAGGAGAUCCAGCUGGCCGUUCAUCAGAUUUAUGAGUUGCUGGUCAAGGCGCUCAGCCAGACUGACAAAAUGGAUGGUAUUGGAAAAGGUGUUCGAUUAAAGUUGCUGUUGUGGACAAUCUACUCUCUGAGUAUGAAGUACAAGCCAGCAGACAUCUCCCUGGCGGUGUCGUGUGGCCUGCUGCCACGCCUACUCAGCCUAAGUAACGGUGAGACCUCCACAUCCUACAUCAUCCCCGUUUCUGGGCAGGACAUACAGUACAGCCAGUUAAAGGUCGUUGUCAAGAUGGCUAGUUCUCAUCUCCUCAGACUCAUCACACUCACGUCAGGGGUGUAUGCUGGCAAACUUGGAUCUGGUGUUGUGCAGGGUAUACUGGAUCUUCUGUGGAUACAGCUGACCAGUUUGGUCACCUGCAGUGACCACUCCUUUCAGCCUCAGCAGGACCCAGCAUCAUCAGAUAUAGGACUGGGGAUGACAUACAAGGUCAAAUCACAGCUCCAGCUCGCCAACUUCCUGCUGUUUCUUAGACGAGUAGCCUCCACAAAGACAAUAUUGAAACUUUUCUCUGCCAAACGAUGGGUUUCCAUGUUCCUUAACCUUGCCAAACAAAAACAGGGGUCAAGUUCAGGCCAAGACAUGGGGUACAGUCUACGGACCAGACUCAUUGCUCUCAACCUCCUUGAGUCCAUCCUCCUGUCAUGUGAUGAGAGCAAUGAUAAUGAUGAUUGUAAACAGAUUGUGGAGGAACUAUUCCAGAGCCUGGCAUUAAACAUGUGGGACAUCCCACAGUGUAAGGCACUCCAGGACGCCAGCCAGAAGAAAGAAAGUCUUCUGCAGAAACUCACAGACUGUGAAAGGAACUCACUCGACCAGAAUCUUGAGGAAGACUCGGACCAUGCUACUAUACAGGCUGCAAGUUUUGACUGUGAAAAAAGUCUCAAUUGUACUGUGGAGAACUUGCAGACCUUGGUUCACAGUGGAGCAGGCAAGGGAUAUGGUCUGGGGGUCACCCCUAUGACCUCGGGCUGUUAUAAGUGGAAGGUGCUCAUAGUGAAAGAGUGCAAGAGCAAUGAAGGUACUUGUGUGGGCGUGGCCAGGUGGCCAGUGAGUGACUACACGCACAGGAACUCUUCAGACAUGUGGCUGUACCGCGCCUACAGUGGCAAUCUGUACCACGGCGGCGAGACCUCCCAAACACUACCACCCUUCACACAGGGAGAUUACAUCACGGUUUUCCUUGACAUGGACGCUCGUACACUCUCUUUUGGUAAAAAUGGAGAGGACGUGAAGCUUGCAUUUGAAGACAUUGAGGCAUCCGAGCUGUAUCCAUGUGUUAUGUUCUAUAGCAACAAUCCAACAGAGAAAGUCAAGAUGACUGACAUGCAGCUUUGUGAAAGCACAACCGACCUGUUGCCAGGGGACCCCUUGUGUUCUCCAGAAUCUGUUGUCAUGGUAGAGGCCAAUGUGAAACUCCUGCGGACCCUCCACAGAACAUCAACAUGGAACAGUCACAUCAACAGGAAGAUUCUCCAACAGCUCAACAUUGUGACAGGGCUGGGGAAAUCAGAAACUGGCACAGACGAUGCUGAUAGUUGCAAGGAGAAACAAGAUGAAGAAAAAUCAGAAAGUCCGAACACAAAGAAAAACUUUGAAGAAAAGAAGGAAGACAAAUCAGAAAAAGAAGAUGACAAAGAUGAUGUCAAGGAUAAUACCGACAACUCAAAAAGAACAGCAACCCUGGAUUUAAUAGACAUGGACACACUUCAGUUGUUGUGUCAUGAGGUGUGGCCAAGCCUUGUCCUGAUAGGUGGUCUUGACCCAGGGCUUCAUGUUGGGGGUCGCUGCAUUCACAAGACAACCUUCAAGACGGGGACAUUGAUGGGUGUAGCCAGGGAUGGAGCAAACACAGCAAAGGUCCAAUGGGAUGAUGGGGACACCUCUCCAAGUGAUGCCCUGCUAUCAAAACUAGACCCUAAGGAUCCACUUUCCUUUGAUGCCGACCAGCUCACUGGGAUGACCACAGUCCAUCUAGAAGCCCUCGUUAAACUCUCCAGGCUAUUGGAUGAAAAGCCAUCCUUUGUGCUACCAUCCAAACUAACUACUUCAGAAUUUACUACAAAUAAAGAGGAAGUCAUUGUUUCAAAAGUUCAGAAACUAAAGCAAAGUGUUCUUGAUGAAACUAAUGCUUUGAUGAGAAAACUUGAUGAGGACAUUGCCCGAGUGUUAGAAAUGGAGAUGCAGCAGUUGGCAGACAUGGACCACAAUGCAGACAAGCGCAAGGCUCCUUUGGUAACUGCUGAAACCUUUGAUGAUUCCUCAGCAAGCACAUGCACAGCCUCACCACAAGUGCUCUCCCCUCGUGAUGAUAUAUUGCCCGAGGCCAGAGAACCACAGGACACAGAUGGAUCAUUGGAUAUGGAGGCAGACGCUUGUAUUCAAGAUUCUUUGUCAUCAGAAACUUCUCAAUGUUCUCAUCCUUCUUCACCUUCUGAAAAUCUCCAACCGGAAAAGCCUGAAAGAGAUGAUUCCACUCCUGAAGUAUUUGUACCAGAUGAACUCCACUCAAUUAAAACUUCAUACAUACAAGUCACUGCUCUCAAAGCACUACACACCAUUCUACUUAACAACAGGUUUAUAGAAAUGCUCCUCGUCCCAAAGUCAGACCUAUUGUCCGAUAGGAAUAAAGCCCUACUGGACGGAACUGUAAUCCGCAGAGAUGAAGAUUUCAAGGUCACUCUGAGGUCGUUCAUGAAGAGGAUGGUUCAGUUAGCUCUGAGUCAGUCGGGGUUGCUGAGGGUAUUCUCUGUGCUAGAGCUAGAACGAGCACAUGCCAUUCUGUAUAAAAUACUCACUGUGUCCAAAGCUGAGGAAGUCAUCUGUAUUUCAGAGGUGAAAGAAAAGUAUGAAGCAGUGACAAAAGAGAGGGAGAAACAUUCCAAUGUCAAGAAGAAACCACAAGCACAGGAGUCGUGUGAUGUCUAUACAAACCAGGCCCCGUCCUCCACCCAGAUACCCGUGGCAACACCAGAGGAACCUUCCACUCAGGAGGAGGACCAAGAAAACUACCAGCAGACAUCCAUUCUUCAAUAUGUCAGGCGAGGGUCUGAUGGCCCCCACAGUUCAUUUUCUCGCCACCUGUUUAGCCGCCGGGCACGAAGGGAACGCUCUCAGUCCACCACUGCGUCCCGUUAUUCCAUGGUCCGGGUUCCUCCUGCUGCCCCUCCCCUCAGGCCAUCUCCUCCCCCUCCCCAGAGGAAACCUCCUCACCUUCCUAUCAGGACGAGGUCACCGUCUCCACCACCUCCUCCCAUCUCACUGUCUCUGUUAGAGAUGGGCUUCACACUCAGUGCUAUCAAGAGAGCACUAACAGAGACUUGUGUAAACAGAAAUGAGGUAUCUGCCCAUGGAAUAAACACCCUCGCCACAUGGAUGUUGGAACACCCACUGGAUGUCCAGGAGCCUGAGGAACAUGCGACUAAAAUUACCCGAGACACUAUGCCAGGACGAGAGACGGACAGGAACUGUGAUAUUAUCAGUGACUCACAGCCACCAGAAGACGACAUCCGGGACCCAUACAGUAUGUUGCUGUCUAGACGUAUAUCUUUGGAGGGCUUAUUGAAUGAAUCUAGUGAUGACUCAAAUGAGGAGCCAGACACACGCCGCUCACGCUACGUUAGAAGUCCACGACCAAUUUCACGCACAAGACAUGUUGACAUCAGGAGUUUUCUUUCCAAUACAGCCAACGAACGUGAGCUAGAGCGAUCAGAAUCUCUACAAAUGGCGGGUGAGGUUACCACACCAUCAGAUUUGUAUGAGAGAAUGUCGGAGAAUCCUGGGCUGAGCGACACCUUUGAUGCCCUCUGUAGCGACAUUUGUAACAUGACGGAUGAUCUGUACAAUCUGGAGGAUAUUGACGAUCUUUUCCCAACACAAGCUGAGUCUACAUGGGACCUCAUGAAUGCAAUAAGAAUGGAAUUUGAAGCUGACCCAUCAGUGGUGUGUGAGCUCUGCCAACAGGAAACAGAUAACUUCCUCGGCCACCUGCAGUUUGAGCACCCAGGCUGUGGCAGAAUAUCAUGUAACAAUGUGUACAGCAACAAUGGUGUGUAUGGGAUGUGUCCUUGGCCCGCUGUGUGUGGGACAGGCUAUCCCAGCUAUGCCUUGUGUAAGGCUUGUCGCGAUCAACACCGUGAGAUCCAUGGAAACAGGGCUAGUAACUCUGACCAGGACAGGGCAAAGGAGCAGAGAGAGGCUAUAGGAGCAGGUCUUGGCAGCUCUACCCAGAAGGCUCCCGACCUCCUCAAUGCUGUGGAAUACACAACAUUGGAACAAGAGCUACAAAUGGGCUGUCGAGGAGGAACUUUUAUAGAUGAGACUGAAAACCUGCUCCCCAAACUAGGCAUCACAGACUGGAAACCCUGCCCAGAUCCCCUCAAGUUCUCUGAGAUAGACCCCCUGGGAUACAAGCUGGUUCAGGCUUCUGCUGCAGCCGAUGCUGGUACACCUCUAUGGAGUCUACUUCAGGCAUCUCAACCCAACAAUAAGUACCGUACACUGGGGGAACAGGCCACCAACUUAAAGACCCCACGUGACAGACAGAUCGCACUUCAGCGGAUAACCUCCACUAUGCAGGUGAUGCUGGCUCGCAGUAUUGUGAUGAAAGCUCUCUCUGUCCUCGCCAGCAGUGACUCCUCCUGUAGUCUGCCAGCCGCUCUAGAGUACAUUGGCCUGUCUGAUAUCAUGGUGAUCGUACAGCUGAUGUGCUUGUGUGCAUCGGGUAAGAUUGCCUGUCCACAGUCCAAGACGGGAGCGGGGACACAAGAGACCACAGAAAGUUUACAGCACCUUAGCAAGGCACUGGGUUCCCUUGUCCAGGAUAACCAAGUCUCCAUGAAGCAGCUCCUUAGAUUGUGUACACAGGAGUUAUUGUACGCCUCGAUGGGAAAGUGUAGUGGACACCGUAGCAGUGCUGGGGUGGUCAGGAUGAAGAUCCCCGGAACAUCAAAACUGGCUCCAUUUGAACCAUCCAUGUUCACUGUCACACAAUCUCUUGUGUCACUCCUCACAAAGAAUGGCUGGGAUUACAAGAUGUCAGAGAUGUUGGCCACAGGACCCAAAUGUCCAACACAAGUUGGUGUCUCCGUGGAUUCAUCUACCCAUCCAAACAGUCCUAGAGCAGUGCCCUCUACCCCUGAGGAUGAUGGCAUCCACCCCCUCCAGCUGAUCAAUGCCCUCGCUGGCUGUGUCCUCUCCACUAAGUUACCCCCCUCACACAAACAGUGGGCCGCCAAGCAGCUCCUCCAGUCUCUGUCCUCUCAUCGCCAUUCUUCAUCACCACUAGUCAACCAGGUGGACCUGGGCGGCGACCUCCCCCACUGCCAGGUUUCCAAGCUUGAGGGUCAUCAGAAUAGACUGGCCAUGUGUCAAUGGAGCCAGAAAAAAUCUAUGCUUGCAACAAGUGGCUAUGAUGGAACACUACGUGUGUGGAGCCUGCCUAACAAGACACACCAGUUCCUGCAACAGACUUGUGUGUUUAACCGAGGAGAAGAUCUCUUAGGAGAAGACCUUGAUGGUCACUUGCUGGACAACAUUUGCUGGAGUGCCAAUGGUCGUUUACUUGCUGGUUCGAUGGACAAUCUGGUUAACGUUUGGAGCACUGGAGGCUGCAAGGGUAUCCUAGAUGUACAGGAUCACUGGGUGUCUGCCCUGGCCUGGCCUAGUCACAAGAGUAUGGUUGGUGGUUGUCUGGGUAUGACCACUGACAUCCUCCUUGUGGGCAGACUCGACGGCUCCCUUGCUGUACUAGAGAUCCUUGGGGGCUCCAGCUUCAACCGCAAGGAACUAGAGCACUGCAGCCGCAACUCGGUGGCCGUUACCUUGCUGGCAUGGUACGAUGAGGACAGGAACUUCGCUGCCGGCUACAGUGAUGGCGUGGUGAUCAUUAGUAACCGCUCAGACUUUGAAACCCCUGUCAUCACAGAGACUCACCAGAACUGUAUCAUUGGUCUGUCCUGGGACCCCACCGGUCACCUGCUGCUGACUUGUGCUGAGAAGGACAACUGUGUGAAGGUCUGGCUGCCUGGCCGUGAGGGACUGUGUCUGCUGUACCUUCUCCCUGACUCUGCUCCAGUCUGCUCAGCCAUGUGGUGCAGUAUUCCAGGCAAAGGGGAGUCUAAACACCUCCUGUUGGCCAGUGGUAAUGAGAUGGGACUGGUGUCAAUGUGGACGGUGCCUCAGCGGCAGUCGACAAGUCAAACACAGAUCACACCAUUCGGUAUCCGGAGGGAGACAGUGUAUGAGAACCAGAACAUGGAAUGCAUGGAGCAGGUGAGAACCAUUAAACCUGUUAGGACUUUACAUGGACAUAUGACCUCUGUGACCUCCAUGACCUUCAGCCCUGAUGGUCUGAUGCUGGCCUCUGGAUGUACUCGAGGAUGGGUUAACAUCUGGUGUCUGUCUAAUGGAUGUUUACUCCAGACCCAUGUAGAGAAUGGAACGGUAAAUGACCUAUGCUGGUAUGCAGACUAUGGACUUGCCAUUUGCUUCAAUAGAAUCAAGGAUGUGGUUAUAUUACACUAUAACGCUGAGCUCCAUCAGAAGACACGCUGCGUUGCCAUGGCCAGAAAGAAACUGAAACAGCAAGGGAUUGUGGGAUUGAACCAGGCGCCCUGCCUACAGGGUCUGCUUCAACAGCUGCCCACUAUGCUACAGGACCAGUACCUAUCAGAAAAGCCAAUGGUGGUGUCCGGCCAUCAGCUGGUACACAGCUCCUACCUACAAUGUCUGGCCUCUCUGGCUGUGGGGCUGUCUUUGGAGCAUGUCCUGUGUCACAACCAGACACUUAUACAUCACCAGCACAAUGCAGAAGACCAGGAUCUGUUGGUGACAGAGUGGCAAUGGCUCCUCUCCUACUCCGCAGCCAUCAAGUCUGCUGAUGCACUCGCUCAACGAACGCCAUUCCCAGACUCCUUCAAAAGACUCAACAAGGACACCAGGAAUGGAGGAUCUGUUCCGAUGGACAACGGUCGCUGGGAUUUGAACAUGGACACACAAAUCAUGUUGUGGGCAUUACAGCGUCCUGAGGACUGGCAGCUGGGAGGCAAGUGUGAGGUGUUCCUUUGGGGAAGUGGUCGCCAUGGCCAGAUCUGUGAGGGUGGCCGGGCAUCCUUCGUACCCACCAAAGUCUCCUCAUUCUCUUGUGCUCAAAAGGUGAUUUGUGGGCAAAACUGUACAUUUGUGAUCCAAAGUAAUGGUACAAUUCUGGCUUGUGGAGAGGGCAGCUAUGGCCGUCUGGGACAGGGCAACUCGGAUGACCACCACGCCCUUACCGCCAUCUCCUCACUUCAGGGGUUUGUGGUGAUACAGCUAGCGACUUCAGUGGGGUCAGAUGGUCAUAGCCUCACUCUUACAGAAAGCGGUGAGGUGUUCAGCUGGGGUGAUGGCGACUAUGGCAAGUUGGGACAUGGCAACAGUGACAGACAGCGCCGCCCACGACAGAUAGAGGCACUGCAGAGGGAGGAAAUUGUUCAGCUUUCCUGUGGGUUUAAGCAUAGCGCUGUGGUGUCAGCAGAUGGAAAACUGUUCUGUUUUGGUAAUGGAGAGUACGGGCGUCUAGGACUUGGCAAUAUUGUCAACAAAAAGAUCCCGCAUCGAGUCACCGCCCUAGAGGGCCACCAGAUUGGAUUUGUGGCCUGUGGGUUGAAUCACACGUUGUGUGUGUCCUCAGACGGGAAAAAUGUCUGGGCCUUCGGUGAUGGAGAUUAUGGUAAACUUGGACUGGGGAACACCACAGGUAAACAUCUCCCGGCCAAGAUAGAGGCACUCCAGGCCCAGACCAUCAAAAAGGUGGCUUGUGGAGCCCAGUUCUCCGUGGCCCUUUCCAAAGAUGGCCGCGUCUUUACCUGGGGACAAGAUCGCCUUAUUGGUCAGCCUGAAUUCAGAGGGCGUGGUCACAUGACGCCCCAAGAGGUGACAGCCUUGUCUGGAUACUAUGUAGAGGAUGUGGUGUGUGGGGCCGAACACACCCUAGCCCUCACCUGUACAGGGGAUGUGUGGGCUUGGGGCAACAAUAGCGAGGGCCAGUUGGGUAUAGGUCACACCAACACACCAGUAAGGGAACCACAACUCGUGCCCUGUCUCACCGGGAAAAACAUCAAACAGAUAUCCGCUGGUAGGACUCACAGUGCCGCAUGGACAGCCCAACCUCCUCCUCAGAGAAAACCAGGUGUGCCUCUCCCCCUACAGUUGGGGAUCCCAGAUGGCAUUCCGCCUCAGUACACUGCCCUAACAGCUGUCAGUCUGGAGGACAUACAGGGGCGCUUCAAACUCCUGCAUCACUUCUCGGACCUCAUAUAUUCGUCCUGGCGGCUUCUCCCACUAACCUCUACACAGUCAACGCUCACACGGUACGAGACUGGGAUGAGGGGAAUCAUUGAUGGAAGGUUACGGCCACUCCUGUCGCCUAGGGUCUACACACUUCCUCUCGUCAGGGCCAUUGGCAAGACCAUGGUACAGGGCAAGAACUAUGGUCCACAGAUCACUGUCAAACGCCUGUCUACUAGGGGUAAGAAGUGUAAGCCAGUGUUUACCCAGAUUGCCCAGCAGGUUGUGAAGUUGAAGGCAGAAGACCUGAGACUGCCUGCCCGUGCCUGGAAGGUGAAGCUGAUAGGAGAAGGGGCAGAUGAUGCUGGCGGAGUGUUUGAUGAUACUAUAACAGAGAUGUGUCAGGAGCUAGAGAUGAGAGUAGUCCCAUUGUUAAUAACAACACCGAAUGCUCAGAACGAAUCUGGAAACAACAGGGACAGAUUUUUGUUGAACCCAUCGUUGACUUCUGAUGAGGAAAUGGAAAUGUUUAAAUUCCUCGGUAUCCUGUGUGGAGUGGCCAUCAGGACAAAGAAACCCUUGGACCUCCACUUUGCACCAUGUGUUUGGAAGUUACUGGUCGGCAUCCCCCUCCAACAUGAGGAUCUAGAAGAGGUAGAUCACCUCUAUAUACAGAGUCUGAUUGGCAUUUCUGACAUACAGAAGAGUGGUGUCAAUGAAACCAACUUCCAUGAGUUCAUUCCACUGGACAGUUUUCUAGGACAGAGCUCAGACGGCCGUCUGAUUCCAGUGAUUUCCGGUGGAAGUACCAUUCGUCUCCACUUUCACAAUAGGCGAGACUAUGUUGAGGCUGCUCUCAACUUCAGGCUGCAUGAGAUGGAUCGACAGGCAGCAGCAGUGAGGGAGGGCAUGGCGUGGAUUGUACCGGUGCCCCUACUGACACUACUGUCUCCCCGGGUCCUGGAACAGAUGGUGUGUGGAAUGGAGGAUAUGAAUGUUGACAUCCUCCGCAAAGUUGUCAGAUACCGAGGCAUAGACGAGAAAAAUGAAGUUGUGCGCUGGUUUUGGGAAGUGCUGGAGUCUUUCAGCAAUGAUGAGAGGAUCCAAUUCUUGCGUUUUGUAUCGGGAAGGACACGGUUGCCUGCCAAUCCCUCAGAUAUAUCACAGCGAUUCCAGAUCAUGAACUCUGAUAGAGGUGCUGACUGUCUGCCUACAUCACAGACAUGUUUCUUUCAGCUUCGCCUACCUUCCUACCCUAGUCGUGAGGUUUUGGCUGAAAAGUUGCGCUAUGCCAUAUACAAUUGCCGGUCAAUAGAUAUGGACAACUACAUGCUGGCGCGGAAUGUGGAGAAUGACGCACCAUCCGAUGAUGAGGAGAUGGAGUAUAUGUAGACAGAAGGAAAGACAACUAAUCGGCAAUGAUCUCCCAUUGAAGAGAUAUAAUCUCCAUGACUAAAUUCAAAAUGCUUCUACCUAUGCUUGGAUGUGUGCUUGAAAACACUUUGUCUGAAAGUUAUUUGGGAAAGCCUUUCGUUUUUGAGAUAACAUAAUGCAUGGUUAGGUUUAAAUGGACCUGUAAAGUAGUCUUAGGUUAUAAAAUUACACUUAAGGCAUGUUGCUCGAACUACACUUACAUCAAAGGUGGGAACACCGAUAUUGUAGGUGUGUCUCUGACACUACACUAAUAUACAAAGUGUCACUUGUGCACGAUGGCACGAUGGCCAGAUGGCGUAUAAUGGCAAUUGUGGUUGAUACAAAUAGAGGAAUGGCUUUAACAAUAAAUACAAUUUCAUUUAAAAACUAUAUAAUCUUGACUUUACAGUAUGUUUUUGGUAUCUGUAGCUAGAUGUUCAAAUUACAUAAUUCAAAAAAUGUGUUUUCAUGUUUAUUAUAUAAAGGACAUUGUAUAAUUUGACACAUGUAAAUACACACACAGUCUCAUACAACCACACUGUAACAAAACUGCCUUGUACAUAUACUUUCAAGGUCUAUGUGAAAUAUUUAAAAAAUCUUCUAACAACUUCUGCUGUAUAAUCAAAAGGACCAGUAUGAUUCUACUGGCCAGUAGAAUGUUGGGAUGAAGGGCUAUCAGGUGUGUUUAAAUCAAUGACCUUCACCCAUGUUCAAGGUCACAGGGGUCAAUUGAUUAAAAACGACCUAUAAACAACUUCUUCUAAAUAACAUCUGAAACAUCAUGUAACAUUAAGCGAUCCCAAAACUGUAACUUUGACUUACUUCCUGGGUCAAAACAUGGAAUUUUCACAUCCCUUCACUAUAAUCGUAUGCAGUUGCUUGGCUUAAAGAGACACAUUUACUCAUACUAUCAGGAUUGGAUUGGGAAUCCAGCCCAAACUAAGGGGCUUACUUUGUGGUCAUAACAUAGAACCAGUUCAGAUCAAAACCAUAUAACCAAAUAUAGUAUUGCUGUGCAUGAAGAGAUGAUUACCUUCAUGCUACUAGGAUUGGACCUGAGGGCCCGCCUCACCCCUUAAUAUGUAUCCUUUAACUAUAUAUUAAAUUGGUACAUUGACAUAAAGAAACAAAUAUAUGUUUAUAUCCUUAGUGUCAUUUUUGCUACUAGGGAUUUAGUCGUUUAAAUAAAAAAAAUCUGGGUGAGAUAAAAAAAUAAAAAAAUAUCAAGGUUCCUGCAUGGGCUUCUUCUUGACAUUUUGUAUACAUAAUUUAUCAUAUCUGGUACAGUUGUGUGACGGCACCAUGCACCAAAAAUAGUGUCACAUAUCGUGCAUGCAUCGUGCGCACACCAUUCACACAUGCAUGGUAUAUAUAUAAAUUUCUCAUCAUAUUGAUUAAGAUUACGUUCAAUUUUACACAAUGCGACGUGUCACACAGUAUUACUAAAAUCAAUUAGACUGUCAACAAUGGGUUUGGCUCCCAGGUAACAGAAUAGUUAAAUAACAUUUUGUUGAUUGACUGGAGUUUAUCUGGCCUGUGUCUGACACAAGGAGGUGACUUGUGAUGAUCGACGUAUGACCAUUAUGAAAACAUAGCGACGCUAAGUAUUUAUCUUUUUGUUUUGGAUUUUUCACACAUAAACGUAAUUUCUAAAUUUAAGAACAUAUAGAUAGAUUAAGAUGAGCUUAUAGAUGUAGUUAGAAUAUAGAAACAUACUUAAAAAAUCAAGUUUAUAUGUUAAAACACGAAACCGUAUAUAUUAAGCCAUUCCUCAAUUUACACCAACCACGAUUGUUAUCGCACAACAUUCGUCCAUCGUGCGCACAAAUGUACAUCAGCAUUUUAUUUUUUUAUUGUUAGCAUAUUGUGCACACGGUGUGUGUAUAACGUGCGCUGUCAUGCAACAUUGUGCGAUCCCAAAACUGUAUAUGAUUUGACUGUCACAUCAUAUGCAUUUAGUGUGAUAUAAAUAUUUUGCUUAGCUAAGUUAUUUUGAAAUAAAUGUGUUUAGUGCUACUUAUAAUAUUCUUAAAUUCCAAACUGUGAUAUUGCCAAGAUAUGACAGAAAGCAGUCUGUGAACAUAUAUUUUAAUUUAAUUUUGACUUUUAUUGGCCCCCAUCAUCAUCAGAUGGUGGGCUGAUCACGUGUCCAUAGUCAGUCCGUUGUUUGUCCAUCUCUAGAUGAUUCUUGUUGUUUUUUGUUAAAAAAAAAAGUACUCGAUGAAUCAAAUUUCUCAAAUUUAUUUCAUAUGAAGGUUUCCUU